AGUUCACAUCAUCGCGGGCAACCCUGCGUGGCCCCAAAGCCUGGUCUUCACUCCUGUACACUUGUGAUGCAUUCAGGAGGAGUGGCUGGAUAACCCUCUGCUCUCAGCAGCUGUUAACAGACAUCUCCAGUCCGCUGCAGUGUACUCCUACAGCCAAAGGACUCCCUCUGCAUGCUGCACUGCUUGGCUGUGCACUGCUGACCAGACACGAGCGAGACCAAUAACGGUGCAAGGAUGGAGUCCCCAGCAACCGUGAUUCCCACCCUGUUGUCCAAUCAGACUGCGGAGAGCUGUGAGCCUGUUGACAACACGGCAGAGAACCUGCUCUUCGGCCUCUAUUACAUCGUUAUCUUCCUCCUCGCGCUGAACGGCAACAGCCUUGCACUGUGGAUCUUCUCACGCCAGAGAGGAGUGUCUUCCCCAGCCAACGUCUUCUUGAUGCACCUUGCUGUGGCUGACCUGUCCUACAUUAUUAUUUUACCUCUCCGGGCUACCUACCACCUGACGUGGGGUCACUGGCCGUUCGGCGAGGUCCCUUGCCGCGUGGCUGGCUUCCUGUUCUAUCUCAACAUGUACGCCAGCCUGUAUUUCCUGGCCUGCGUGGCAGGCGAUCGCUACCUCGCCGUGGUGCACGCUGUCAGCUCGCUGAAGGUCCGGCAAGCCCGUUUCGCUCACAUAGCCAGCUUCGCUCUUUGGGCUCUGGUGAUUGUGUCUAUGGCGCCCCUGCUGGCCACGCAGCAGACUGCAGAGGUGGACGGCUCCACAGUGUGCUUGCAGCUGUACAGGGAGAAGGCCUCUCGCCGAGCUCUCGUCUCCCUGGCUGUGGCGUUUACGCCCCCUUUUUUGGCCACGCUCUCCUGCUACCUGCUCAUAGUGAACAGUCUGCGGAGGGGGUCCCGACUGGAGCCGGCCGUCAAGCUCCGGGCCCUGCGCACCAUCGGCCUGGUCCUGCUCAUCUAUGUCGUCUGUUUCCUACCCUACCACGUGAGCCGGGCCACAUUCAUCCUGGGUUAUGGUCACCCCGACCUGUCCUGCCAAACCCAGCGGGGGCUGGCCCUGGCUAACCGUCUCACCUCCUCUCUCACCUGUCUGAACGGAGCUCUGGAUCCCCUGGUCUACCUGUUUGGAGCUGAGAAAUUUAGAGGCACAGUGCAAAGGCUCCUCUGCAGGGAUACCUCAGGGGGGUCCGUGGCAAGUGGAGACCUUAAGGGAACACAUGAGAGUUCCCUUAGUGCCAAGUCUGAGUUCUGAGAAGCAGGGAUUUAAAAGUGGAGACCUGGCAUCCACCUCACAUCAGGUCCGUUUCAUGGCAUUGGCUGGUUGGGGGUUGCUGAGGAUGUAUUAGUCUUUAACAGAGAUAACAGAAAGAAGGUUGCCAAACGCUACACCCCUCGGCUGGCUGAUUUAGUGGCGUGUUUUGUCAGGAAGUGCUUAGGCUGCAAGAAGGGAAAGUUGUAUCUACUGGGAAAAAAUGUGUUUUGAUCACUUUUAUUGCACAUUUUGACAUAAAUCUGGCUUUGACAUCAAUAACAUCAUUAGCUCACAAAUAUUAAUCAUUAGAAAAAGUGUGUUUAGUCUUCACUGGGCCAAUGUAAAGCUAUAAAUAUGAAGAAUAAUUUUUGUAGAGGAUCCAACUUUUCAUUUGUUUUACCAAUAAAAAAAAAACAAUAACAAAAUUGCUUUAAACUCAAAGGUGGGAGCUUUCUGCUGUUUACCUCCUGUGCAGUUGCAUCUAUUGAUAAAUCACAAAUGCACUUGUUUAACUUUUACUUCUUUACCUGCAAAAUAUAAUGCAUCUGUUUAUUGUUACAGGAAGUCUUUUACCAAGACCAUGUGUGGGUAUGCUUAAAGACUAAAUGCCAAACUUAUAUGUAUAUUAUUUAUAUAUUAGUUUUAUUUGUCAUUAAACAUAAUUGUUUUUAUUGUGUAUUCCUGUCAGUUUACCUGCUUUGGGCUUUACUAGGUUCACCCCAAUGUUUAGAAAAGGAAGUAACAACCAAUUUCAUUAUAUACUGUGAGAAAAUGCUAAUGACAAACUAAUGAAUUUAAUCAUAUUUAGAUGUGCAGUACUGUAUGCUGCUGUUCUGUAACUCUCAUAUGUACCUUCAAUUUGUAUUGCAUUUAUAGGGGCCUCCAUAACAGUUUGUCGUACUUACAUUGCUAUGCAGUUCUAAAUAUGCGUUGUGAUCAGUUAUAUUUGACUUUCUACAUCCUUUGGAAUAUUUAAACACCGUGAUGUGUUUUUUUCUCUCUCUCUCUGACUGCCUAUGAGUUUGAAACUAUUUAUUACACUGUUUCUAUGACACUCAUAUUUCCGCAUUUCAAUGUUCCUUGUACAAAAUGUGCUGGACGCACUAUUUUUGUCCAUUUGUAAUUAUUAUGUAAAUUAAAUGUUUUUAUAUCUUU